GUCAAAGAACUACGCCGCGACCAAACAAUCCACAACUUCUCUGCUGUCUGAGGCCCUUCACUCCCUCAGAUGGAGAUCGCCGCUCCCUUGUUGACCUCGUCGUAGCAUCGCUCUUGCGCCAUGGGCAGGUUACAGAUAUACAUCGCGGGAUCGGCCGUCCUGGCUAACGUCGUGCUUCUGCGCGCAUACUAUGAGCGGCCAAACUUCUAUUCAGCCGCCGUAUACAUCUCGCAGAGCACCGGCUCUCUUAUGUUCCUGAUCAACCUUGCGCUCAUCGUCACAGCAAGCUUCGGAUAUGGACUCCAACGACUCUUUUACGGGCCGCUCCGCCCGAUCGAAACUGAGCAGCUAUAUGAUAAGGCGUGGUUCGCUGUCAGCGAGACGUUGCUGGCAAUGACCAUCUUCCGAGAUGACAUUGGCAUGUGGUUCUUCACCAUGUUCCUGUGUCUCCUGGCUGGGAAAGUGUGGCAGUGGAUAGGAGAAGGACGAGUCGAGUUCCUCGAGCAGCAACCACCGGCGAAUCCGAGACUUUUCCACACUCGCUUGAUGAGCUCCCUGCUCCUCUCCGUGGCCUUCGACGUUUUCAUGACGCGAUACUGCGUGGAUGCAAUACUACAAGAUGCGCGACCAGGUGUCAUGGUCAUGUUCGGGUUUGAAUACGUGCUAUUAGCGAUUGCGUCCGUUUCGACUCUAUUGCGGUACACCCUCUCGCUUGUGGAGCUUGUCAUCACCCACCGUCAAGAGAAGGCUCGGGAAGAAGCUCGAAGGAUAGCUAGGGAACAAGCCAGGGAACAGGCGCGGGAGCGGGUAAACACAGAGGAAGGCGCAGCUGAGCUUGCGGUGGAGGAAGAAGAAGAAGACGACGACGACGACGACGACGACGACGACGACGACGACGGAGAUGUGCCCGGCUGGGAAGAGAAGGGCCGGUGGGUCUUUUAUCUUGAUCUCACUACCGACUUCAUCAAGUCCGUGGUGUAUCUGGGCUUCUUCAUGAUCCUCAUGGCCUUCUACGGCAUUCCUAUCCAUAUCAUGAGAGACCUCUUCAUGACCAUCCGCUCUUUCAUCAAGAGGAUUAACGACUUUAUUCAAUACCGAAACGCCACCAGAGACAUGAACGCCCGCUACCCUGAUGCCACGGCUGAGGAACUCGACCGGGAAAACACCUGCAUCGUUUGCCGCGAAGAGAUGCGGCCAUGGGCGGAGCCAGGAGCGGACGGAGCACAACCAGGCCGACGCGUCGAUGAGCGACAGAGAGCGAAGAAGCUACCCUGUGGACACAUCUUGCACUUUAGCUGCUUAAGGAGCUGGCUUGAGAGGCAACAAGUCUGCCCUACUUGUCGACGACCUGUGCUUGCCCAAGCAUCCCCACAGAACAAUCAGCAGAAUGCACCAGCCCAGGGGCCGCAGAACCAACAGAACCAAGCACCACUCGGAGGCGGCUUUCGAGGAAUAUUUCCCGGUAAUCUAAGAAAUGCCCAACCAGGCCCAGGGGCCCAACCAGGACAGGCUGCACAGGCGGGGCAACCGGCUCCGCAAGGAGUACAACCAAACCGACCCGCAGGCAACGUGCGGGUCUUCAACUUGGGUCCUAUUCGUAUUGCUCUGGGCAAUCUCCGUUUACCUCCUCCUAAUCAACAGGGCAACGCCAACAACAUCAACAACAACAAUAACGUCAUCGCGAAUCUCGCUCAACAGCUUGUCCAAAACCAAAACCAGAACCAGCCCUUCCAUCCAGGCCAAAAUCAAGCAGUUCCUCAGCUGCCGGUCCUCAACCUUCCGGGUCCUCCCGCUCCUGGAGCGGUCCCUCAGCAUCCGGCCGAUAUUCAAUCCGAUAUAUUGCGUCUACAGCAGAACAUCAUCGAGUCACUUCGUCAACUCAAUGCACAGCACGAUCAACUCGAGUAUAUCCAUGCUCUCCUGGGCGAAUUGAAUCGCCUUCAGCAAGCGUCUGGCGUCACGGCUGCUACUGGUCAGGAGCUGCCCCCUAUCGCUCCCUUGAACACGCAAUCCGCAUUCACUCCAAUGACCCCGCAAGCAUACUUCGCGAGCGGCUCGGUUCUACGCCAGGGUGACGCUGGCUUGCCGGAAGGAUUGGUGCUCCCUGAGGGAUGGACGUUGAGACCGAUGGCGUUAGCACCUAGGCUGGGGAAUGGCCAGUCCCAAGCGUCCACGGAAGCUGCACCUUCGGCAUCCCCGCCGGCCAACGCUCACCCUCAAGUUGAGUCCUCAGCACCAAGGCCUUCUUCAUCUGGAGCUCCAGCGGCUUUUAGCCCCAUAGCGGAUUCAUCCUCAAAACCUGCUGAACCGAGCUCGCUGGAGUCUAGCUGGAGUUUUGGGAACGUUCCGGGGAACAGCGAGGCCGAAGGAUCGAGCUCUGCGAUUGCGCGAAGUAGCUCCAAUGGCCAGAAUGUGACCAGGCGGGCAGCUACGGUGGAAGACGCGGAGGACAGCGGUUAGGAAUACUACAACAAGCAUUUUCGGUCUGCACUGCAUAGCGAGGCGUUUGGGAUUCAUGCAUAGAAGGUCAUCCUCGGAGACGUGUAAGCUGUACUGAGGUGGAUAUGGUCCAGAGCACUUGUCAAUAUUGAACAAGAAAUUCUUCCCCUGAC